ACUCGAAAGCAUUAAAGCGUGUCACAGAAACAAGAUCUACAGAUUUGAACGUUUUGUGAAAUGGUUACGAUGUUAUUGAAACGCUAAUUUAGCUACAAGAGGAUUACGAAUAACUCUGGAUUUAUGAUGUCUGGAUGUUUAAUUCAUAUUUGGCUGUUUUUCUUUGUUGUGUUUGGCAAUGAAUUUGAAGUCAAAGAAGUGAAGACGGGCUUAUACAGUCGUGUUGAGCUCACUGGAGAGAAACUUGAUCAGCAUGUUGCUGAUUCUCAGCAUUCAGUGGAAUGGACCAAACGAAACAGAUCAAAAACAUGCCUAUGUUUUAUAAAACCAAAUACCACAGUCAAAACUUCAUACAGUAAAUGCUGUGGAAAGGCUCAUUUCUAUUUAAACAAUAACACCCUCAUUCUGGAGAAUAUUACAGCAGAGGAUGAAGGAAACUUCACUGAAACAAUAAUCAGAGGAAACGGAACUAAAAUAAUCCAAACCUUUACAAUAAUUAUAAACUACCCUCCAAGUGUGACAGAAAUUGUGGUCUCCUGGACCUCCAACACAUCUGUGACUCUCAAAUGUAAAGUGAGCGGUUCAUUUCUGCAUCUGAUGUGGAAGAGAGAAGGAGUCCCUAUUUUAGAGAAACACAGACACUCAUUCAGUGAGAAGAACCAAACUCUACACAUCAGCAACAUAACCAACUCCGAUUACGGGACAUACAGCUGUACCGCUUCAAAUGCAUAUGGAGAAUCAGAAACGCACAAAAAUAUAACCGGUGAGAACUUAACUGUUAACCAAGAAAAUGGUGCUAGUGGUAAAACUCAGUCUGAUCAGACUGUACUUUCAAGUGGACUUGCAGUCGUAGGAGUUUUGGGACUGUGCAUCGUGUUCUACUGCCUUCACAAAUACCAUCACAGGCAAAGAGCAGAAAAUGGCAGAACUACAGAUGAAGGGGGCGCAGACAAUAACCUUGGAAUUUACCAGGAAGUAAAGGACACUGAAGAGGUGCCUCCUUUACCGUACGUCUACUCAGACUUCAUUAAGCCGAAAGAGAGCAGUCAGGCCUGCGCUACAGCGCAACACUUUGAGGACUUCGAUUACUCUGAGGUUGGAUACACAUGCAGGGAGGAAACGGUUGUCCUGGACUUUGGUUAUUCUGAGGUUGGACCCUCAGCAGUACUGGACUGUGUCUCUAAUGAAGAGUCCACUGCGUGUCCUGAUGCUGAGGAGGAAUGACAACUGAUAUAAGAGACUACAGACAUGUUGGAGUGAAAACAGCGAAUGCUAUCACACUUUCAUAUUCACGAAUCUGGUGCAGUGCAACAUUUAAAAGCAAGACGAGGUGGUGAAAAUAAUACGUUACCUCCUGGGGCCAGUUGCAUAAACUUAGCCUCUAUGUUAAGACAGUGUCUUAAGAACUAUUUUGACCAACUAGCAGUUAACUAA